AUGAAUCCAGCCGAAGAGCUCACCGAGCCUGGCAGAGUCUCACUGAUCCAGCGGCUAGAAAAGACCAUCAAGUUACGAUACGUGGAUUCUACCGCUUGGGCAUGUCUCUGGCUUGCGGACCUCGAGGCUCUCGAGUCUCUGGUGCACAAGGCUGAGGCGGGCGACUCGUGUCUCAACCGAGAUGACAACAAAUGCAUCAUAACCAAAGCAAGCAUGUCCCUCGAAGUCGUGCACCUCUAUAAAAUUACCGAGUGGGCCGACGACCAGCGCCUAUUCUGGGCAACUAUCAAGCUCUUCUGGGGCGAAUCGCGAGCAAAGAUCUGGCAAGACGCCACUAUCACCACCACUACCACCACCACUACUACCAACAUCAACACCACAAAUAAUCCCUUGCAAAGCAGUGAAACCCCCUCAAAUCUGGUCUGUUUAAUGAGCUCUGUACUUUCCCUCUGGCGCAGCGCCUGCUUCGCCCUGAAACCGCUUCGAGUGACGCCCGACCAGAGGGUCCUGCAGGCGCAGUUCUGCUGGCUGAGGCCUGCUUCAUACAGGAACCUUGUGUCCACCACCGAAAUGCCGCGUCUCCAACCUGACUUUGAAUCUGGAACCCAGCAGGCGGGUCUCUGGGAGUGUGUGGGUGACCGCAGAAUCCGGACUGGCGAUGUUAUCGAUAUCCGCACUGAUGAUCCACAGAAGCGCCCACUUCCUUCGCUUGAUCUUUUACAAAUGCAGUGGACUCUGGCUAGGAUCCUGGCGCUGAGUGGGGCUUUGGGUGCACCGGUUAGAGAGGAGCUGCAUGGGAAGGUCGAGUAG